AUGUUUUUCUUUUCUCUUGUGGUUAUUUAUCAAAUCACAACUGUGAUUUCAUCUAAUCUCGGUCCACAUGAUCUGAUUGCUGAGAAAAACACUAAUGAUGGAAUCACGCGUUUCUUUGUCGUUGCUGAUUGGGGUGGUAUACCAUUUCGUCCAUAUGAAACGUUAGCUGAAGUUGCCGUUGCUAAAUCCAUGGGUAUCUUAGGACAGAAAUUGAAUACUAGUUUUCAACUAGCAUUAGGAGAUAACUUCUAUUUCGAUGGUGUCAAAGAAGCAGAUGAUACGAGGUUUGAACAUACAUUCGAACAUGUCUUUUCGGCGACAUCGCUGCAAACACCGUGGUAUGUUGUAGCUGGUAACCAUGAUCAUCUAGGCAAUGUUUCCGCGCAGAUUGAAUAUGGUAGAAUAUCAAAGCGAUGUUGCCUAGGAUAUUCCCGGAUUAUUUCUACACACACGGUGUUACUCUGCGGUGGGGGGAACCUAUCCGAUUGGGAGCAUGCUCCACUACAAGGCCCAGAAAAUUCAUUCGUAGCAGACAUAUAUUGGCAAUGGAUUGAAGAACAACUUCGACAAUCAACUGCGCCGUAUCUGAUCGUCAGCGGCCAUUAUCCAGUGUAUUCAGUAGCUGAGCAUGGUCCUACUCAAUGUCUUGUUGAACGUCUUCGACCGUUACUUCAUCAGUACCGAGCGACAACAUAUCUCUGCGGACAUGACCACAACCUUCAGCAUUUAAUUGACGAUAUGGGUGACUCACGAUUGAAUUACUUUGUUGUUGGUGCUGCGAACUUCAUUUCAAAUAAUCAUGAUCAUGAAAAAGAUGUUCCAAUUGAUUCAUUGAAGUUCUUUUGGGGUAGAUCUCUUGUGUAUGGUGGUUUCGGAUUAGUCGAAGUCGAUAAUAUUUCCAUCGCCUUUCCAGCUACUUUUGGUCGAUAUGAUUUGGUAGCAAAAGAAAACGACGAUGGAACGACACGAUUCUUCGUCGUUGGUGACUGGGGCGGUUUGCCUGUUUCACCAUUUGAUACGCCGUCCGAAGUGGCUGUAGCUGAUGCUAUGGGCAAAUUAGGCGUAAAACUGAAUACAACUUUUCAGUUAGCCCUAGGCGAUAAUUUUUACUACGAUGGUGUGCAAUCCGCAAAUGAUUCACGAUUCCAGAAUACAUUUGAGCACGUCUUUUCGGCCACAUCGUUACAAACCCCAUGGUACGUCUUAGCGGGCAAUCAUGACCAUAGAGGUAAUGUUUCUGCCGAAAUCGAAUAUGGGAAAACAUCGAAACGAUGGAUAUUUCCGGAUUAUUUCUAUUCGUUUUCAUUGUGGCAAGGUGAUCAACAAAAAAAAUUGAUCGACUUUGUCAUGAUUGAUACUGUUUUAUUAUGUGGAGGAGAUUCGCUCUCCGACUGGGAUCAUCGACCAUUGGAAGGGCCAGCGAAUGAAGUUGUUGCUGAAGCCUAUUGGCAAUGGAUUGAAGGUGAACUUCGUCAAUCAACUGCUCCAUAUUUAAUUGUCAGUGGUCACUUUCCAGUCUAUUCAAUUGCUGAACACGGUCCCACUCAAUGUCUUAUUGAUCGUCUUCGUCCAAUGUUACAUCAAUAUCACGUCACGGCAUAUUUCUGUGGACAUGAUCACAAUCUUCAACAUUUAGCAAAUGAUAUGGAUGGAGUGCAUAUGAAUUAUUUCGUGAUUGGUGCUGCAAACUUUAUCGAUCCUAGUCAAGAACACGCACAAGACGUUCCAGCUGAUGCAUUGAAAUUCUUUUGGGCAGGUUCGAAAGUCUAUGGUGGCUUCGCUAUGGUUGAAGUAAACACGACACACAUGAGUUUAUCAUUCAUCGAUCAUUCCGAACAAACAUUGUAUCAAGCAGUCAUGACACCUCGAUCAUAA